UCUACAGUUUACGUUACGUAUAUUGUAGAUUUUUAGUACUGGCAGUGAAUUUUAGAACGCAGCCUCAGUGUGCAAUAGUUUCGCGCGCUUUUAGGCCGUGCUGCAACGCUUUCCGUCCGAUGCAUGAUUCUCGCAACUAAUUACAUAUUUUCUCGUGAUAUUUAGGUUUGAGAUUAGCAUGCUUUAUGUAAACAUUAUUACGAAAUACAUGACUAUUUUUAUGUUGCAUGAUUUUUCGAUUCGUGAACGUACGUCAUGUGUCGUAACCUCUGUCGCGGUAUCGAUGGAAGAGACGAGUGAUCAUAUUAUAAAGUAUCGCAGCAUUAGAAGCAUCGGAUACUUUGGUAUUCUCGAAUAAAUGUUCGUCGUACAACGUUAAUCGUGUGAAUGUACGUCCGACAGGUAAAUUAGCUUUAAUAAUAAUAUUGCGCUCGGUAUCGAUAGAACAGCAGAGCCAUCGCGCGAUCGCUAUUAUUAUCUCAUACGUCAUUCUGCAUUUUUGGUUGGUAACGCAAUUUUACUGUCAAUCAAAUGACAGGAAAAAAAGAGCGCAAUUUAGUGUGCAAUAAUUUCGCGCGCUUUUGGGUUGUGCUGCAACGCUUUCCAUCCGAUGCAUGAUUCUCGCCACUAAUUACAUAUUUUCUCGUGAUAUUCAGGUUUGAGAUCAGCAUGUUUUAUGUAAUCGGUAUUACGAAAUAUACGACUGUCUUUAUAUCGCAUACUCAUUUUGCGAACGUACGUCGUCGUGUGUCAUAACCUCUAUCGCGGUAUCGAUUGAAAUAACGAAUGAUCACUCAUGCAAAGUUAUGUAACAUCAGUAGUGCUAAAUGUAUCGUAAUUGUCAAAAUGUUUGUUUGCAUGUAUUAAUCGUACGAAAAUACGCAUGACAUGUAUAAUAAUAUUGUGCUUAGCAACAUUGUGCAGAGUUAUUGUAUUGUUUCCAUAAUUAUUCUCGUCUUGUGUCGUUCCGUGUUUUUGUUUAAUAAUUAACAGCGCGCGAUAUUUCCGCUAAUCAAGUAAGAAUAAAGAAAGCUGCUUCUGUGCAUAAUAGAUUCGCGUGCGUUUGUAUUGCAAGAUAUUUUAUUCGAUGCAUAAUUAUUAUCACUUACUGGUUUUUUCUUAAUUAAUCAGAAACGAAUUUUACGUCAAAUGUCGUGAAUGUUAAUUCGAGCAACAUACAAGCGUUGUAACGUGUUGAUUAAUGCAUAAUUAAUUGCGAUAUCCGAUAUGUUGUAAAAAUGACGCAGUUUACCUAAAAAGCGGUUUAACUUCAAAUCUUUUUUGUUAUAUAAAAGUGCGUGUACGCAGUGUUGAAUAAAGAAACGGGCAAUCGGGAGUGUCGAGUAAAGAUACGUACGAUCGGGAGUGUCGAGUAAAGAUACGUGCGAUCGGGAGUGUCGAGGAAAGAUACGUGCGAUCGGUAGUGUCGAGCAAAAAUACGAGCAAUCGGGAGUGUCGAAUAAAAAAUCGUGUGAUUCAUGUAUUUCACGUUAUUUAUGAAUUCAAAAUAAUAGAACGUCACAAUAAUAUAUAACAAAAAAUUUGUUCAAAUUCGGUAGUGCCGUUAUUAGCUAUGUCUCUUUCUAUCGUGUCGUGUGCAGUUAACUACAACAGUGAUGGGGCAAGCAGAACAUCGGCUCAUCGAUUCAACGAUGGAAUAUUCUUUAUGGAGCAACGUCGAUGUUGGUGUUACAUUGGAGUCGCUUUCUACAGCAUCGAUAUACAGACAGCGAAUACAAGCGCGCUGAAACAACAUCGAGGCGUAAAAAAUCGAUGCGACGAAAUCUACAUUCACCAACGAGGUGGACUUGAGGUACGUUCCGACUCGCCACGCUCGCAAAGUGAUAAUCGCAAAAAUGGAAACUUACGGAAACCACGCUGGCGCUAGGCAGUGACAUCAUUUGAUUUAAUUUGGAUUACUUUACUUUGCUUCAGUGUAUUCGACACCCGUUCUGCGCCUUGGAUGCAUGGUGUGAAGUUCCAAUGUGAUAACGGUACACAAUCGAUAUGCAUGGCAGAUUGUCCAAUCUUCGGAUCAGAUAGUUUUAUUAUGGUAUCCCUGAUCCAGGCAACGGACCAGAGAUGUGGCCACGCACGCGGUUCUUUCUCGUAGCGUCAACGCUCGCGCUGCUGAUCGACGUCUACGCUACCAGGUCGCCACAGCUCGGCGGUGCCGUGAACGUCUUCAGCCGCUACGGUUACCUGAGUAUCAGUAUGCGAGUGGUGCCGCGUAACGAUUCGGAGACCUGGAUAUUCCGCGAACCCACCCUCGAGGUCUUUAAGGACGUCGGCCGAAUGCCGGCCAAACAACGUCAAAGCAACAAAGCCGGCACCGCCGUCUUCGACGGCGACUUCCACAUGGAGUUUUGCGACAAUAUCAGACAGCUUCUACAAGCGUACUUUCGUGAUUUUACUUUCGAGAGGCUCGAGAGACCGUGGCGCGCCUUCACUGGAAGCUGGUCUAAAGCGGCUAUAGCCAGGCAUCUCGGUAUAAAUUCGUCCUUCAUCACGGGUGAUCACUGUUAUGUCUUAGUGCGUGUCGCCAGAUUCCGUGAUAAUCAACGACUCGCCGGCACCGCCGAGACCCUCACCCUCGACGAUUCCGUGUUGCGACAAACGGAAAACGUCACGAUCGGUGAUACCGCGAGCGUAGUGCGAUUUAUCAGAAAUUUCGGCUCGCACUACAUCGCUUCCUACGUUACGGGAAAUUCACUCUAUCAAGUUUUCGUAUACACUCCUCAGGUGUAUUCGAGAAUAAAGGAACGACUGAAAACACGUGGCGUGGCGGAACUAUCGAAUCUCGAGCUCAGCAACUACUUUUCGCCAUGGUACGCGGAGCACAUGGGUUCUAUACAAUCGGCAAGCGGCAACCGUAGUGUGGAAGCAUGGGCUGUGCAACGUCUUCAAGUACAAUAUUACAUCUUCACUUACGCCAGUCUACUAAAAUUGCACGGCGACACGACGUUGCUCAAGCAACUGGACGGUCUAUUGGGAGACGAAGCGCUACUGCAAUUGCAAUUGCGAACAUUGGCGCCCGCUUUCAAGGAUCCGAAGAGACGCGAGUGGUUUUUGGAAGUGAUCGAUAAUUAUUUCAAACUCUGGGAGGUCAAUAUGUGAUGACAUAACACGUGCCUGUCACGGGUGAACUCAAAACGUUUAGAAUACCGUCACACAUUUGCGCUUAAAAUCGACAAACGAUCGCAUGUGUGAGAUUGGCGCAAGAAUGCGAGUGAUACUGAUAAUUCUGGCGCGAUAUGGGAUGCGCAGUGCCUUUGAAAAUGAUUGAAAUAGAUUUAGCGUCCGUCACAAUUCCUCGACGCUAAUUAUAUAGGUUCCUGUUGAACAGAAUUGAAGGACAUAUCCUUCUGCCACAUAUAUUGCAAUAACGUAAACAUGCGCAAACAUGCUGUUAUUGUUAUAAAUAAGUAUUUAUUCUUGUAAUCAUUAAUAGAAAACGUCUUUAUACGAAUGUUUUUAAUAUAUGACGAGCAUUAUUCAUACAAUUUUUGACUGAAGAACUUGGUGUAAUGUACCAUAAGUUCUUUACUUGAAAUCGACUCGUUAUCGUACAAAGGGUAUAUUUUAGGUGCAAAAGAGAUUUGUGAGGUUUCUUUGUUUAACCCGAUGUGCAUUGUUGUAUAUGCAGUGAAAUCAGGUCAAUGGAUUGUUAUCCUGCUUUAGAUAUGAUUUAUAUCUUCCUAUAGUUAAUGUAUCUUAUAUUAAAUCUUAUUUGUUUUAUAAAUCGGAGAAUGUCUUUACAUUUUUAGAUAAAUUGUUUUCGAGGGACGAUAUAUUCGCAGAUAAAUUUCUACUGCGAAUGUGGAUUAAUAUUAUAAAACGUAUAUAUUAUAUAACAAAUUGUAAAACAGUGAAUAUUAGUUGUAAAACAGUGAAUUUGAAAAGAUCACGAUCAUAUAUAGUAUGAUUCAUCGUGUGAUCUCACACGAUGAAAAAAGAUUAGUGUAUAACAUUUAAAACUUAUUAAUAUAUUUUAUACCUGGGUAAAAAAUAUAUUUUCUCUGCUUUAAUAAUUUCGGAGACAAUAUAAUGCCUUUAUACAACACAAUAAAUGAGAUGCAAAGUCGAAAAUAAUAUAAAAUGCCAUAUUAUUAAUGUAUAAAUUUAGUACAUCAUUGUUUGAAGCGGACAAACAAAGUGCACUUUUGAUAUGCGAUAUAUCUUGCUCUGCCUUAAUAUUUUCAUUUAUAGGUAAUUGAAACAAACAGCAUGAAUAAGGACUCAACGAAAAUAAUGACAAUACAAGAAACAAAUGACAUUAUACAAGUACAUUAUUAAUAUAAAAAAAUUGCAUAUGAUUACAGACGAAUUUUCAUAUUUUUUUCUUGCAUUUUUGAUAUUUCAUAUUUUUUUUCAUUUUAUUACUUCAUCAAUCAUAUGAUAAUAUUAGAAUAAGAAAGCGAUUGAAAGACAAAUAAUAUCUGUUUAUGUAAAAAAGGAAACAUUAGAAGAAAAAAUAUUAAAAUUUGACUGUAAUUAUGAUUGUGUAUGUAUGUGUUAUCAUACAAAUUAUGUAUAUAUUUAAAUAAUAAAAAAGUGAUAGACUCACCAAUUAA